CAGGCAACGCCGAUGGCGAAGAGCGAUACGAUGUGGGUGGGGUCUUUACAGGACCUCUUGGCCGGAGACUGGGGGUUUCUGGACCAUUUAAAGCAUUUGGCUCCAACGUUUGGAUGCCUGCUCUAGAAAUGAUAGAUUCGGUGAAAAUAAGGAGACAGUGCAGUUUGGAUUUUUACUCUUAUUAUGAACAUCUCUGUGCACUUCAUGGGUGUGUGCCUGUAUCAGCUGUGAAAGCUAAAAAGCUUCAUGGUGUUCUUGAUAUAAAUGCAGAUCGUAUCAAAGCUACUGAUUGGGCACCCCUUCUGAAUGCUAUCAGACACAACAAGACUUUGACUUCUAUUGCCAUAAGAAGCUUGCACCAUCAGGGGCAUGGAGACUCAGGUGCUGAAAGACAGGGAACUUAUUUUAAAAGAAGAAUUCCAGUGAUUCGCUCCAAAGACUUGUCUGGCCAAUUAUGUAAAUCAAUCAAAGGUUGUCUGAUGAUAUCAAAUGUCCUGAGAAAUUUGGAACUUCAGGGGCUGCUUUUGAGGGAAAGAGACUUAAUAUUACUGGCAAAAGGAUUGGCGAAUACGUCAUCUUUAGAGAGCCUGUCUUUAGCACACUCGCCAGUUGGUGACGGAGGCUUGGAAUUAAUCUGUCAAAGUAUAAAGAAUUCAGCUUGUGUCAGAUCAGUAGAUUUUACGGGAUGCAGUUUGACCUGGCGGGGAGUGGAACACAUCGCCAGUAUCUUAAAGCACCAGGCAAUUAAAAGACAUGGUGAAGCUUGGGCAGAGAGCUUGCGCUAUAGGAGACCUGAUUUAGACUGCAUGGCUGGUUUGAGACGCAUCACUCUCAACUGCAACAUGCUUAUUGGUGACCGAGGAGCUACUGUCCUAGCAGAAUGCCUUGCAGAAGACCUGUGGCUUAAAGCAGUUGAUUUGCAGCAAUGUGGAAUUUCCAAUGAUGGUGCAAAAUCACUCUUGGAUGCUUUUAAGAGUAAUAAAACACUAGUGGUGCUGGACAUUAGAAAAAAUCCAUUAGUAGAUCAUUCUUUGAUAAAGACAGUCAUUGAGAAGGUUCUCAUGAAUGCAAAUGGAGCAAACUUGGAGUACAAGUGGCUUCCAUCUCCAUCCUCAAAAGAUCUCAAAAACAAACCAAAAAAAAGAACUGUUGUCCUAGGAAAUGGUCGGAAAGGAAAGGCCACUAUUCGCAUUGGAUUUGCAUCAAAAAAGCCCAUAAGUCCUGGUAAGGUAACUUCGUGUGAUCAAGAGAGCUAUGCUCCAAAGCCAUUGCCCCCAGGAGCUCAGGGAUUCCUGCCUUGGCGGACUGCAGAACGUGCAAAGCGGCACAGGGCUUCAUCAGUGAAUAAUAUCCAUGACUUGCCACUGCAAAUUCAGGCUGGUAUUCCUUUGAAAGUUACUGUGGAAAGUGCUUCUUCGUCUGAAAUUGAGGAGACCGGUGAUGCUGUUAUUUGUGAUACUGAUGUCUCAAAAUCUCCAGAAAUAAUUAGUUUAAAACAGCACCGUCAAUUAAAGAUGGACUAUGAAGAGUGUCAAUGCAGAUUAAUAGAAGAGCGAAAAGCAAGAGUAACGGCUGAAGAACGCAUAGCAGAGUUGGAGGCGGAAAAUGCCAGAUUAAGGAAUUCAAACAGCUCUUUAUCAGAAGUUCUGCAUGCACAGUCAGUAGCCAGCACAAUUCUGGAAGAUGAAGGCGUUCUGGAUAGCAUUGAGAACUCUUUCCAAAAGUUUCAUGCCUUUUUAGAUCUUCUUAAAGAUGCUGGACUGGGACAACUUGCAAUGAUGGCUGGUAUAGACCAAUCAGAUUUUGGCUUGUUGCAGCGUCCCCAGAUGACUUCUACUCUAAAUAAGCCUGCUAUAACACAAAAGGAGAAUUCAUUUGAAGAAGAAAGACAAAAACACAUGCAGAAUGUCAAAAAUUCUGGUUCAGUUUCUUUUCCUGGCCUUUCCCAUUUCCAGACUGAUUUGGCUCCAUUUCAAGAUAAUAAUUUCCUACUUGCCUCAAGAGAUGUACAACAACAUCAGGUCACUAGUGAGUCCCAGCAAAGUUUACAACAAGGCACUGAAGAAAAUGCAUCAAAAAACUUCCAGGCAGCAUCUUCUGAGAAAAGCAGCAAACCUGUGAAUUUGGAAGAAAAAGUGUCUUCUGUGAGACAACCAGCUACUGGUCACCAUUCAGUCUCUGAUCCCAGUGUAAACCUGUAUAGUAGUAGUAACAAAUACAGCACUGUUGCUAGUGGUGACAGCAAAAAACUUUCCUCUAAAAGACUUCCUCAUUCUAUAAGCAUUUCUGCUAGAGGAGAUCCAAGUAUACAUCAGACUGACCCUUCCAGAAAUGAUACAAUAGGUUCUGAUUCUGAAAUACAAGAAAGCAUUCAUUCUGCAGGAAGUGUUUGAAAACUCCACUCCUGGUUGAUACAAAGUAUUGGAUUGCUGAGAAUCCAUUCAUUGUGUAGAUCUUUGAUGUAAAUGUAUGCUGUAAAAUUUUAAGACUACUUAUUGUCUGUGUUCUUGCUAUGUAAGUAACCUUAGCAAGAAUGUUUGCUGAAAGUAUUGAAAAUAAUUGAUAGCGCAUUUUAUUUCUUAUACGGUUUUAUAAAAAAAAUUAUAUAUUAUUCUGAUGUUUCUCCUGUAUAAUUCUAAUAUGAGUAAAGAUUUUUUAUAGAUACAGAUCUGAGUGAAUAAAUGAGUAUUUUUUUCCUUUUUCAGUUAAUCAUGUCAGCAAUUACUUUA